GACACACAAAGUCAUCUUUUUUAGUCAAUAUUUUAUUUAAAAUAUUUCCUGGCUCAGCCACUGCAUGGAAGGAUGGUAGAUUCUAUUCUUUUGCUGUCAUUUGUGAAUUACAGAAUAUCUAGCUGUUUUCAUUUUCCAAUGCCCUGCCAUUGACCAGCCAGCCAGUAGCCUUCUCGGAAUUACCUGACCUUUUAAUGAUCUCUUCUGCUGUAAUUUUUCAGAUUGCUGAUAUCUCCCUUGCAGUCUACAAGCCAACAAAAUUUCAUAGAGACAGACCUUCAUGUUUGCAUUAGAAUACCUUUCAUCUAAAGGCUCCAUAUUAUUCCAUAAUUAAGGAAAAAUUAUGGUCUAAAUAAGUUACAUCAAUGAUAAGGUGAUUAAAACAGAAAUGCUGCCAUUUGUCCUGUUCUGAAGACAGUCCUUGGUCUAAAUCAUGCCAAAGCUGGCUAGAAAUACCAUAUAGAGGAAAGUAACUUAUAGACAGUUCUGAAGGCUGAUGCUGUAGUAUGGUAUUUGCAAUUACUAGCAGUAACUUAUAAGUUAUAAGUGGAUAUAGAGGAAAGUAAAGAAACCAAAUAAACUCUACAAGAUCAUAUUUGAAUGCAAUCAAAUGAUAUAUUUUUUUUCUCUGCUGAAAAUUUAGAUUUUAACUGCUAUUUAGAAAAUUUGCCUAUAAGUCCUGGAAUCUAUAUGCAAAAUGCAGGUACAUUCAGGGAGCUCGUAUAUUCAGAGAGUCAAAUAUGGAUGUUGCUACCAUUGACAACAGCCAAACAUCACCUAUUUCUGAGGUUGCUGCCGUGAACACUAAUUUCAAUUCUGAGUCCAAUUCCGAGUCAAGUGCUGUCACAUUGCGUUCUCGCUUUGUAGGGCAAGGGUAUAAGCAGGUUUGCGGAGAAGCGGAUGUUUGGGGUGAUGGAGUUGUGCCAGAAGUAUCAGCCCAUCUAGAGGGUGCACUUAACAUAAGCUUGGAUGGAGUUUACCACUCCCCAGUUGGGUCUGAUGAUGUAUUAAGGCCAUGGUAUGGUUCUCCUGCCGUUGUAGAACAAUGGAUUCAUCAUCUGCUCAAUUAAUUAGAAGGUAAAUGAGCAGUUCACUGAUGGACAUCUUGAACCUCAUAUUUUUUGAAUGCACUGAUGUUUCAAACUGAAGAUAGUAAAUGAGCAAUGCAACA